UAAAUCCGGCGUGAGCGUCGUCUUGCUCUUGCUCCCAGUUGCCUUGCCUUGCCUGUCCCCAUCAUGGCCUCAAACCUCAUCUCCGCCUCCAGCCUCGAGACAGAGACAGCCAUGGCGGAUCCUGGCGAAGGACCUACUGCUCCACCCCCGCCACGGCUGCAGGAAAUAGCUCACGAUGUGCCCGACCAUACUGUCACGCAAUUUUCAGCCUCACAAGACACUGAAACCGCCGCCGGCGAUGCUGCCACCCACGACUCCGCUCAGCCUAAAGCGGAGUCGGCCCAUUGUGCGGUUGGCGAGCCGGAGCAAACCACGACAGAGGCAGACGGUCAGCCACAUGUCGCAACCAUGCCACAGGAAGUUGCCGCAUUGCCGUCGCCAGCUGAGACACCGGUGCAAGAGAGUGCGGCGCAGCCCACACUGCCGCCGCAGAAGCAAGAAAGCCCUGUUCCAGAACUAGCCUCCUCAGUCCACGAGGAGGAGAAGGACGCGUCAAAGGCAAGGGGGGACGAAGGAGAAGAGAAGCCCACCGCGGCGCGGAGGCCGCAACUGAAAGAGACUGUAAAUUUGGGCGCUGUUGAGCAAACCACGACACAGGAAGUUGCCGCAUUGCCUUCGCCAGCUGAGACACCGGCGCAAGAGAGUGCGGCGAAGGCCACACCGCCGCCGGAGAAGCAAGAAGGCGGUGCUCCGGAACUAGCCUCCUCGGUCCACGAGGAGGAGAAGGACGCGUCAAAGGCAAGUGGGGACGAAGGACUAGAGAAGCCUGCGAGUCGUCGGUGGCGAUGGCUCCGCGCCGUCGUGGGCUUGUUAUUUCUCCGCCCCAAAAGCGGAGAGACGAAGAUGCCGACACCGCCGAGCGACAAGCAGCCGGUGUCAGGGCUGGAGGACACGAAGCCUACGACAGGGGAGAUGCCGCCGCCCCACAAGGACAGCGGUAGCCCUGUACUUGUUCCAUCCAAGCCUGAAGUGGGGAAGACCGAAGGCGAGAUGAAGACGGCGGCGGUGGACGUCAAGAAGCCGGUGUCAGGGCAGGAAGAACAGAAGCCAGCGGCGAAGAAGAAGCCGAGCCGGAAAUACAGCUCUGGCGCUCCAAGGAGGGAGAUGGAAGACGGCGAAAGGAGCAAGGGCGGCCGUGUUGAAAUUGAAACCCAAGUGGGGAAGGCGACACCACAGCUGGAAGGGGAGCGACCUAUGCGAAAGAAGCUCCAGAAGGCGAUCAGGUUGGUUCAGCUCCUCAUGUCCUUGUACAACAAGCACCGCUCCCAAUCCCAGGAGAAGAAGCCAGACACGGCUUCCGAUCCAGGUGGUGAGGAAGACAGCGAGGCCAGGCUAGAGUCGGCGCCGGAAGACAAGAAGCCGGCGUCAGCAGAGCAGGAAGAGCAGAAGCCAGCGGCGAAGAAGAAACCGAGCCGGAAGUACAGCGAUGGCGCUGCACGGAAGUUGAAGGACGACGGCGAAAUGGGCAAGGGCCGCCGUGAUGAAAUCCAAGUGGGGAAGGCUAUACCACAGCUGGAAGGGGAGCGCCCUAUGCGGAAGAAGCUCCAGAAGGCGAUCAAGCUGGUUCAGCUCCUCAUGUCCUUGUACAACAAGCACCGCUCCCAAUCCCAGGAUAGGAAGCCAGGAACGGCUUCUGGUCCGGGUGGGGAGGAAGACAGCGAGGCCAAGCGAGCGUCGGCGCCGGAGGAAAAGAAGCCGCAGCAUCGGAAUUGGCCACGAGAGGAAGUGCGCCUGGAGCACAUCCUCGAGGAAACUUUCACAAGGCUUCUUUUGACAGAGUACAACAAGCAGCUGAGCGGCGUGAGUCAGAAGUGCCUCCUCACCUUCUCCAUCUUCGAGCUCGCCUCCGAGGUCAAGAAGCAGAUCAUGAUCUAUUGGUGGGUCGCGGAGUUCAACCUCCGGCACCGGAGUGAUCCAGCGCGGGCUCUUUCUGGCGGUGGCGAAACAAGUGAUUCGCCGGCGCUGCAGGGUAAAGGCGCAGACGCUGCUGACAGCAGAGAUGACGCCGAAAGCAUCUUCAUCAUGCUUUCUGAUCAUGGCUUCCUAGUGCCGAUGAAGAACUGGUGCAGCAAGGUGAUCCAUGGCUGCCAGGUGAACCCCCUGGUGCACUGGAUGCUGAAGCGCAUGGCGAGAGGUUGUCGCUUCGCCGAGCUGGACGACAAGGGCAGCCCGGAGGACCUGCAACCCAAUUCCAACAUCCUUUGCCUGACAGCAGGCAAUCGCCACGUGCUGCAACAGAUGCACAUGGCGGAUGAGUCACAGACACAGGCCAAGGCCAGGAAGAAAGAUGAGUCACAGACACAAACCAAGAAGAAAGAUCACUCACAGGCCUGGGGAAAAAGCAAGGUAACAAAUGAACCUUCCAUGCAGGGCAAGGGCAACGAUGUCCAGGACCAGCAGCAACCGGAGGCACAUGUCGGGAGCACAUCCACGGCAGCAGCAGAUAAGACACCUUCCCAGAAGGACGAAGACCCAACCCAAGUUACGGAACAGCUAACAAAUAAGGGGCCUCAAGAUGUGAAGCCCAGCUCUGAGCCCGAACAUGGUGACGAGAUUCCGCCUCCAUCAUUUGAAGGGAAGCGAGUGAUCCUAAACCUCAAUGCACAUGUGUACCCCAUCUGCAAGUCUGCAUUCUCCAACCUUGCCGAAUGCUUGGUUGUGCUGCAGCUCGGCCGGUGGAACAAUCUUGACGACAAGACAUACAUGGAGGUGGAUGGACUGGAGUCACGGGAUGCCAUCGGCUCGCUCAAGAACCUUCGGUACCUGAGCCUCCGUGGUCUAUCACGGCUAACAGAGCUCCCAAAAGGGAUCGAGAGCCUUAAGAAACUUGAAAUCCUGGACAUGCGAGGCUGCCAAAACCUAGCCAGAGUGUCGGCAGGUGUCAUCAAACAGUUGAAGCAGCUUACCCAUCUGGACCUCACCGAGUGCUACAUGUUAGAGCACAUUGGCCGAGGAAUCACGUCCCUCACAGAGCUGCAGGUGUUCAAGGGCUUCGUGUUCGCAACCGGGACUCGGGGGAAGGAGGCGUGCCGAAUACAAGACCUCAGAAGGCUGAAGAAGCUCCAGAAGCUCACCAUUUGCAUCACCACGGAUGCUAAUGUAGGCAAGCGUGAGAUGGCGGAUCUUAAGUACCUCGCUAGCCUUCGGAAACUCACGAUUACAUGGAGUGAGAUACCAAGCAUACUGGAGGGUGGCACGAAGAAAGCGAGAGAGAAGCGACGUGGACUUGUUAAGACGUGGACCAGCUUUCAGUUGCCACCAGACCUCAUGAAAUUGGACAUCCGGUGCUACCCCAAGGAAGAGCUAGAACUCGAAUGCAACGAGAAGCUCGAGAGGCUCUACUUGAGAGGUGGAGACAUGAGAAGGUGUUCCACGAAGGAACCAUCCUCCAUCAAGACACUGCGUUUGAGGUAUCUCAGGCACUUUGAGAUGGGGUGGAGUGAUAUCCGUUCAAAAUUCGAGAAACUUGAAUAUGUGGAAAUCGUAGUUAAUGAUAAGAAUCCGAUGGAGAUACCAGAUUUUACAUUGGAUUGGGAUGGGGUAUGGACCAAGGAUGAGAAGGAAGAGCAUAAUAACCACCAGAGGUUGCAGGCGGCGCCUAAUAAAAAAGACGUUGGGAUGGAUAAGGAUGUUCAGGACGAUGGCAGCGGGAAUCACAAAGAACCAACUAAAGCUGCUAGCACCAUCACAAAGGUUAAUAAGGACAAAGCUGCUACCAAAGAACGGGCAGGCAAACAAGAACGAGUAGCAAGUCGGAAGGGACCGUGAUAGUUAGAAGAUAGAUCCAAUUUCUACAGACGGCACAUUUGAAUCUCUUCAUUUUAGACAAAUUGUAAUUCAUAUUAUAAAUUAACCUAUUUAGCUUUAAAUUUUACAUUCCACCACUUUUCAAAGUUCAGAUAUAAGUCUAUCUUAAAUUCAUGGAGUGGAGUAUGUGAAAUAAUUUUGUGUAUUAAUAGCAUUUGUUUCUACUCUGUAACUUACAGAACAUUCUUCGACUCAUUCCUCUACAGUAAAAAUGUAGCACAUAAAUA